AUGGAUGAAGUGAAAUAUAGAGGUGUUCGAAAGAGGCCAUGGGGGAAAUAUGCAGCGGAAAUUCGCGAUACUAAUAAACAAGGAGGGGUUCGUGUUUGGCUAGGGACAUUUGGCUCUGCUGAAGAAGCUGCUCGAGCUUAUGACAAGGCGGCUUAUAACAUGAGAGGGCAUUUGGCGAUUCUUAAUUUUCCUGAAGAGUAUAACUUACCUAGGAGCUCUUCUCACUUUUACAACAAUUCUCAAUCAAUGGCAUCGUCGUCUUCAAGUAAUGUUCAUGAUCAACAAGGAACCGGACAAGUUCUUGAACUUGAAUAUCUUGAUGAUAAUGUGCUUGAAGAACUUCUUAAUUGCGAUCAACAUGCAAAUAAGAGAAAAUGA